AUGUCUGCGUGCGAGCAUCCUACAUCGACUCUCCUCGCCGACAGGGAGGGCGGUCAGACCUACUGCACUCUGUGCGGGGAUUUGAUUUCCGAUUCACAAUUUGAGCUCGACCCGGCCUUUCCGCGCGGGGCUCGUGCUGCAGUGGCGCCUCGACAACGUGGUGCGGGUCUCCGUGCAUUGGGUGGCAGCCUUCGGCCGACGCACACCGCCAUUGGGAUGACUGCCACUCACGGUCGACCGACGAUCGAGGCUGCGCGUCGUGGGAUGUUCGCGAUAGCGCGAACGUUGGAAAUCAGCGAUGAUCUUGUUGAGAUGGCACUUGGGAUUUAUAAGCUCGCACUCGGGCUCAACGCAAUAUCCGGGAAUCGUAGUGUCAUUCUUACUGCUUGUCUCUAUGCCGUCUGCAGGCGGGAGCGCACCUCGCACAUCAUUUAUGAUUUUUCUGAAGUCAGUGGUGACAACCCGCAUGCCAUUCUAACAUAUAUGAAGACCAUUUGCCGCGUUACGCACACGGAGGUGCCGGCACUCGACCCCUCCUGUCUUAUUCAGCGGCUUGCGGAGCAAAUGGACAUUGGUAAGCGGCUCCCCGAGGUUGUGGUUUGUGCUCUGAAGGUGUUGCGUGCGAUGCGGGAUGACUGGAUUUCGUGCGGGCGGCGCCCGUUGGGGGUGUGUGCGGCUGCUUUGCUGGUCUCCUGCUAUGUCUUUCGCAUCCCCAAGAGUCCGGAGCAGGUGUGUGGGAUGGCGCGGCUCACUGCGCACACCAUCGCAGUCCGCCUUAACGAGUUCUCCGCGACCCCUGCCGCAUCGUUGGAGAGCAUCGACACGUACCGCCCAAGCGAGCAGACGCUCCCGCCGGCCUUCGGUGAGUCCAGCCGGCGGGCGACCGAGGAGGAUAUGAACGCCGAGACGCGCGAGCUUUCUUCACUUUAUUACGGCCUCGUCACCGAGGCAAAGCUUUCCCAGCCGCCAACGCUCGAUCGCUGCGAGCGGUGGCGUCGAUUCCUCCUCAGACAUGGUGAGCUCAACGGCGUCGCGGUUCUUGAGGAGAACCUCGACCUGGCGCAUCUCACCCCCCAGGAGCAGCUGCACAUUUUGGGUCUACCCCACACGAAGCCGAUCCCGCCUGAAAAGGUCGAGGCGAGUGUCAAGCGAGAGGAGGAGAAGCUUAUGCUUAAACAGGAGGACUCAGCCUCGCGGGGUUCUAGCGCAUUUCCUAACCGGUGGUCCUUUCAAUCGGCAUACAAGGACGGAGAGAUACCCGGCGAGGCCGCGGGAACUGAUCUGUUGUACCCGUCUGUGAACCUUGACGACCCGGCGCAGUUUGAGCAGGUGAUGCAUCAGUACCAUGAGCUUCUUACCGACAAUGCGGAGGUCCGCGGUCUUCGCGAGGAUUUUGACUUUUCAGAUCUCCCUGGGGACAACGGCGACAUGAAAGGCGGCCUUUCGCACGAUGCAGGCACCCUAACCCUGGAGCCAACGCAAAACGCGGGCUUUCGCGAUGCGAUGGUCCAGCCUAAUCUGAUGUGCAGUCCCUCCCCAGCGGAGGGGACUGAGGGGAAUUCCACACUCAUCGACGAUGCUUCGCAGGGGUUACUAAAGCAGGUCCUCUAUGACGAUGAAAGGAGCCACGCGAUGCCUUGGGAAAUUUGUGUGUUAACUAGUAUAGAUGACGAGGACUGCACUGACCUUUUGUCGUAUCUUAUUCUUGACAACGAGGAGCGGCUCCGACGUCAAAAGAUUGGGGAAGCUCUUUACAAAGAGAUGUGGGCUCGGGGCCGAGCGAGGACCCAUGAAGAGAUUGAGCGACUUGAAGAACUCCGACAAGUUCGCAAGCGACGGCGGCGCCAGGUCAUUCUUGAGCCUGCAACGGUCACCGAUGCCCUCAGCCGUGCGUUACGAGGCAAAGGCGCCGGUACGGUAAGCAUCUCUGACAUCAAGGAGCUGAUACCUGGGUUUUCGUUUGAAGACGACGGCUUUAAUGACAACUGGGAGGUCGAUUAA